AUGGCACCCGUGGCAACAGAGCUAUUUGGCGAGAACGAAGUCAACAGAGGUUUAGGCGCCAAAGGAAAGACCACAACUGGAGCCCAGCUGGAGAUACGAUUGUACCCAAAAUUCGAAAGUCUUGAAGAAGAGAGAUUAUACCGGAAGCAGCAUCUGGCAGCCGCAUAUCGAAUCUUCGCCAACCGAGGAUUCGACGAAGGCAUCGCCGGACAUAUCUCAGUGCGCGACCCAAUUCUGACGGAUCACUUCUGGCUCAACCCACUGUCCCAACAUUUCGCAACAAUCAAGGUCUCUGAUCUGAUACUGGUCAACGAGGAUGGUGAUAUUGUGAUCGGUAACCAGCCUAUCAAUGCGGCUGCAUUUGCCAUCCAUUCGGAGAUACACAAAGCUCGUCCUGACAUACAUGCCGCCUGCCACGCACAUUCCGUCUACGGCAAAGCGUUCUCAGUGUUCGGACGUGAGCUCGACAUGAUCACUCAAGACUCUUUACGCUUCUACAAGAGCCAUGGCGUCUACGAGCAAUUCGGCGGUGUUGUGCUGGAUCGCGAAGAGGGUCGGAGAAUCGUAUCGGCGCUUGGAGACGGCAAAGCUGUAAUCCUCCAGAACCACGGCUUGUUGACAGUCGGGCAAAGCGUUGACGAAGCAGCUUUCUGGUUCAUGAGCCUGGAUAAGACAUGUCACGCUCAGCUCCUGGUAGAUGCAGCUUGUGCUGGUAGCGGAUACCAGAAGAAGUUCAUCGAGGAUGCCGAGGCGUCUUAUACGUAUGAGCAGGUCGGUGGGCAUGAGAAAGGAUGGUUGGCGUUUCAAGGAUACUAUGAGGAGUUGUUGAUGAAGUCAGGAGGCGAUUUUCUGGCUUAG